UUUUUUUCUCCAUGUGUAUAGGUGUUUGGAUGGAUAGGUAAUAAAUCGGGGAGGGGCUGGGCUGGUUGCUUUCAGUGAUUGUGUCCAAUAUUUUUCUUGCUUUCCUUGAAUUCUCUCCAAGCUUGCUAAGCACACAACAAGUGGGACUGGGGUCGAAUGUCUGACCAAAACUUCAAAGCAGUUUGCUGGAUUCGGGAUAAAGCAUUACAACGCUUUCCGCCAUUAGUAGUGACGCAGACACGCCAGACAAGGCCUCGGUUACGACCACUGCAGCAGUGGAGGGGAAGGGGAAGGUGAAUGGGGCAACAGCGACCUCCGCGGGCAAUGAGACCGGAUGCUUCCUCUGCGCAAUAGUGGCUCCAAACACAAAAGGAGGAGGAAUGGUGGGCUUUAUGGCGAUUUUCAGAUCCGCCAGACAGGCUGUUAUCUGCAGAAGCAAAAGAAGUGAAUAGCCCCUGCGGUAAACCGCGGGGGUUGAAAAAGACACCCUGAUUUAAAAGCUUUUACAGCCCUGAGAGCCAUUGGCGUCGUGGCGUCUUUUCCUGCCGCAAAGGUGUUUGUUCAUUCUUGUUUGUCCAUCCGAGGUUUUAGUGAACAAAUAGGCGCACUGCAGCCGCUCGUCUCAUCCUCCUUUCCUUCCUUGCUCGGUUUUUUUGAUGUCUGCUGCUUGGAUACUGCGCAAGUAUACCAAGAGAGGUGAUGGGAAAUCAGAUUGUGCAUUCUAGACACCUCGGAGUCUUUCCUUCCCCACAUCCUCUUCUGUAUGCUGUGCAGAAUGCAGAAAAUCUGCACGGCUUGAAUUCCCUGUGGCCUUGUAAGGGUGUUGGCCAGACUGUUUAUAUGCUUGCAUGAAAUAAAACACCAGAGUCGUGCAGCAAAACCCAAAGUUGGAGCUUCCGAGCCCAUACAACUACAUUAGAGCUCGGCAAUUAGAAAAUGGGCACGAAUAAACUCAAACCUCCUCCUUCUUCUUCUUCUUCUUUUGUUUUUAAUUAAAAGUGAGUUGGUGCCGUUUUGUUUGCUUUCACGCUUAAUAUAUACACAAUUAAGAAGAAAAUUAUUUUAUACAUUUAAUAAUAGAUCAUUGCAUGAAUUGAGUCGUUAAAUAAAUUAUGUAUAUUUUAGAGUUUGGGAAUGUCUUAAGACAUUUCCCCGGUAAUUUAAUUAUAUUUGCGCAUUUCUUAAGUCUGCAACAAUAUUCCCGCACAUUUAUUUGAGUUUAGACGCUUCAGCAUUUUAUAAAUUAAAACUUUCAGGAACCACAUUUAAAAUACAAUCUAAUUUUGUCACUUUUUUUUUCUUUUUUGAAGAAAAAGAAAAAAUAAACAUGGCCUACAGUUAAGGCUGAUUUUAGUACUAUUUUGAGCGUAAUGUUACACCGAGUCUCGGGCUGCUGGCAGGUAUUAGGAGUUCGUUUGUUAAUGGCAGCGACGAAACCAACAUGCAAGGGCAGCGCAAGUGAUAACGGCGGUGUAAAUAGUAAAGGACGUCGAGUUAAGCAAACUGUGAUUUACCAUUAAUCUCUUACACGGACACAAAUAUGAAAAGACGACACGAACUGUGUUUUUGACAUUGUGCCACAUGACGUGAGUCGGCUUAUUUAGUCAGUAUUAAUGCGUACAGCUUAAACACAAGUCUUACUUAAUGUGUUUACAUGUUAUCAUUACUAAUUUAUCGCUUAAUAUUAUGAUUUAAAGAAUACCGAAGUCACACUCUCGUUAUUUAAUUUUUUUAAAAUAAAAAAUAAAUUACAUCUGACAAAAUUUUGAAAAUAAAAAUAUACAUGCAUCUCUUCUUAAAUAAAUAAAAUAGGUCGGACAUUGCAAAAAAACAACAAUUUUAUAACUUUCCUGCCGCCUGUUUUUAAGUCUUCAUUGUUUUUAAAUAAUAAAUUAAAAUAUAUAUAUAUGAUGAGACGCAGAGGAAGUUAGUUGUGUCUUACUUUUCCAGCCCCUUAAUCCAGGGAUUAUUUAGAAAAUAUAACACAGCCUCGUUUCGCAUUUAUAAAUGUUUAAUUCGUAAAUAAACUCACCUGAAUAAACAAUUCUUUCUUUGCUGUAGCCAAAAUAACCCACGAUUUAUAAAGUACAUAAUAAAGAGCGUCUAUAAAGAUAUAAUGAUGAAACUACGGAUGUAAAGCAAAUAAUAGAAAUACAGACAAGUAGCAGUAGCAAUGACGACAACAACAACAACAACAAAACAACAACAACAACAACAACAAUAAUAAUAAUAAUAAUAAUAAUAAUAAUAAUAAUAAUAAUAAUAAUAAUAAUAAUAAUAAUAAUAAUAAUAAUAAUAAUAAUAAUAAUAAUAAUAAUGAAACCGGAGCUCAAAUAUAUCUUGCAUCAGAAAAUAACAAAAGCAACACAAUGUCUGUACUUCAUUCAGCGCUUUCUGAGACUCCAACGUGGGAAACUGACGCACAUUGGAUGAUGUUUCCCCUCAGCCUUCGGAGCAAAAAUAAAAACAGGACGCAGUGUGUUUUGGUCGUAAUUUAUCCUCGCGUUGCUUCAAUCCUCGAGCUGCAAAGUUCCUCUUUAAUACGCGGGUGUUUUUAAAUGUGUUUUGGCGAGAGGCAGCGACGGGGCGCUUACGUGUCCAAUAAAGUAACUCGUAAAAUAAGGCUUCCAAAUACAUAUUGUAUCGUUUUGGAUAACCGAGGAAGGGAUUUGAAUGGCUGUAAGUAGCAGUGCUAUUGUUGACUCUUCCCUUUUUCUUUUUUUUUUUUCAUUCAUAUAUAUUUUUUAAAUCUCACUCUGUACAGAUGUUCAAAUCUUGAUCAUUUAUAUAAACCAGUGCUUGUUAUAGUCGAGCAGGCUGAGUAUUUAAUGACUGCAGGGAUUGAUUUAUCUUUUAUUGUUCGGCUUUAUGAUCACGUGUCUCAGCUGCCCAAUGGCAUCGCGGCGUGGCUCCCCAUUACUUUCCCCACUGUAGUUCUCCGUGCAUGGGGCCAAGUUGCUACUUGAUUUCUCCACAUUGUUAUUUUGCGAGGCUGCGCGCUUUGCUGCGCGUGCAUUUGUGUGUGUGUGUGCGUGCUUUUUGGGGAAUGUGUGCUUUUUGUUUUACUUUGCAUGUAUCUGUUGUAUGACUGCGUACAUGUGAAAUCGGUCUAAUUUCCCUGCCAUGUCGACGUCCGGAGCACUCACGAGCUACUACGUUGAUUCCCUUAUCCUGCCUGAAAGCGAGGAGCUCUCCACCCCAAGGUACCCCUCCGGUGUCGGUGUCCAGCACGCCAGACAGCCCGCCCCUGUGGUUGACCACAGCGAGCUCGGAACUUGCGGCUUCCCAUCGAAAGCUCCCGUUUUCGGACCGUCAUGGAACCACGUCCCGGCUCAGUUCCCAGGCGCCGUCUCCUCUGUUUAUCACCACUACGGGCAUCCGCAAGGCCCGAUGGGCGCGGAGACGGACGGCCGCUACCAGUCUUGGCUUCUUGAACCCGUAUCAAUGACUGGAUUACCGCCGAGUCACCAUCACUAUGCCAUCAAACCAGAGGGUCUCGGGACGGCACCGGGGUCUCACACGGCGCUGCUGCUCUCCGAUUACGCCAACGGCACGGUGGCGACACCGUCACCCGGAGAGAAGGACGAGUUGUCCGCGCAGGGAGGGGAGCUGAGCGCAGAGGGCGAGGACAAACCGGGCCUGGACCCAAAUAACCCUGUGUCCAACUGGCUACAUGCGAGCGCCACGAGAAAAAAACGCUGCCCUUACACCAAGCACCAGAUCCUGGAGCUGGAGAAGGAGUUCCUCUUUAACACCUACCUGACCCGGGACCGCAGGUACGAGGUGGCUCGACUGCUGAACCUCACCGAGAGACAGGUUAAAAUCUGGUUCCAGAACCGCAGGAUGAAGAUGAAGAAGUUUAACAAGGACGGCGCGCAGAAAGACGACUGAAUUACGCGCAGAUUCACACGGGAUAUCUAGGCUGUGAGCAGAUAAAGCUGGACAUUUGUUUUUAAAACUCCCUCGUCUUAUUGUACUAUAUAACAUCUUAUAGAAUUAUUUGUCUUGUAAAAGGAAAAAAAAAGCAUGUCGGAGAUUAGUUUGAUGCUACUACCUUUAAAUUGCACAAUUCUGACAGUGCCCAUUGUUUUGUUUCGUUUUUUUAAUUGCUUUGUUGAUUUGAAUUAAUACCUCGUUAAAGUGUUAAAUUAGUUGGCCUGCUCCUUUUAAUUGUGCUUGUUUGUGUGUGGAUGUUUCUAGCCAUGUGUGUGUGUGUGUGUGUGUGUGUGUGUGCGUGUGUGUGUGUGUGCGUGCUUUGUUUAGUUAUAUUUGUUGUCUAAACGUAUAGUUUAUGAAAGAAACUGUGUUAAUUUUACUGUGUUCUCUCCAUAAGUAAUAGAACUAUGACAGAUGGCCCUGAAUUUGAUACUAACUUUAAAAUCCGUAGUGGGGAAAGCAGCUCGCAUUGAUACACAAACCGCUCAGAUCUCUUGGAAAUUCCUAUUAGAUCUUAUCACAGGUAUAGUUACUAUCAUCGACUACCUAUAUCGUUCAACUACCUACAAUACGUUUGUUUGUUUUUUAGACUUUGGGUCAUAUAGAUUUGCUGGCAUCACUGUAAAAAAAAAAAGAAAAUAAAAAAAGAAAGAAAGAAAGACAGAAAAAAAAACGCGUCUGACUGAAUUUCAGGGAGUGACAUUUCCAAUUAAGGGACACCAUGUUUGCUAGAGAGAGAAAAGGAAACACUGUAGGCUAUCCAUUGAAUACCUCGCACGGUCUUCUGACCGUCAGACGUUUGGUUCAUAUAUGUAAUUUGUAUUAUUUAUUAAAUAAAACAAAUUAUAUCUCGAAA